CUGGGUGUUAUCCCUAAGGAUUUUUUAGGGCUGAGCCUAAGUAGGUAUUUAAGGGGAUGACCAGAAAUGUUCAGGAUGCUGUGUUAUUAGGUCACCUCUGAGACGCCCAUACUCUAAUGGGUAAAGUUUUAGUGAUUUGAGACGCCCUUCAAAAGGUUUGAACUUGAGUCCUCGGACUGAUUUCGUGGCUUUCCUUUAGAUAAGUUCCGAUUUAUUGUUAUCCUUUUGGGUUGGAGGAAGAAAUACUGUACUUCCAGACUCCGAGUAAGGUCGACUGAAACUGUUGGAGAUUAGUUGGAAAGUUCUUCCACCGAACUGGCUUAAAAUACGCUACAACGUUACCAGUACAAGGUUUGAUCGAAAGGUAUUUUUGUCACAAUUAACGUAAGACUUCAGACCAUAGGAUGCCAACACCUCCAGUUCUUUUUUAAUUUGGGAAUCCUCUAGAAGGGAGUUACCUAAGUUGUAUUCGUAGUCUGCAACAUGUCUCAAAUGAACUACUUUACACUUUGAAGUGCCAAAGUUUGUCGCCAAUGAAAAACAAGAAACAGACAACAAAUCGAUUGAGUGAGCGAAUAUCUGGAUACAUGAUUGAUGAAAUAUCAAGUGAAAGUUAUGAAGGUGGGAGACGGUUUUUAAGAAAUCCAGAGAAACGAGUCCAUAAAAAUGUUGUUCGAAAACAAUCUCCAGCUACAACUGAAGAUGAAAAUACUGAAGACUUACUGACACCGUUUAGUGCAGGAAAAACGUCACUAAAUUUUAAUAAAUAUUCAACACAAAAGGUAUUCAAUAACAAGGAAGUUGAAAAAUAUUGUAUCAAUAAUAAUGUUGUGAAUGAACUAUUAGUAGUACAAAAAAAUGAAGAUGAUUUAAGUAGAAUUUCAGCUUUGUCCUUCAAUGAUAAAAAUCCACUGACUGAUGCAAGUAAAGAAGCUUCACGAAUUGAAAGCAAAAUGAGUACAUUUGAUGAUCAAUUAAUAUUAUCUGUUGAUGAAUUAAUGAAUGAGAAUAGAAUAGAUUGCGGAAGUUAUUGCUCAACAAAUCAUUUUGACAAAUUAUACAAUGAAAAAUCACUGAUAGAUAUUGAAGAAGUUAUUGAAUGUGAAAACUACCAUUCAUCUAGCUUGACGGAGGAGAUAUCUAAUGAAAAACUUCCAUUGGAAAAGAUAUCUUGUCAAGUGGACAAUCAAAACAAUACUAGUGAAAUAGAUGAAUAUUCAGAUGAUUUUGAAAGUGAACAAGAUCUAACUAGUUCAACUAAAGAAAAUCUAAAAUGCAAUCUAAUCAAAACACUGAAAGCAAUAUCACUUAAAACAAAAACGGCUGAUUGUUCAAUAAAUCAAAAAGUUUAUAAUUCAGUAUCUACGAAUUCCUAUGGACCAUUGAAUAAAACGAAUUUACGUGAAACGAUUUCAUGUAAAAAAAUAUCAAAAAACUUAUCUGAAACUCAACAAACAAAGGAUGCUGAAGUUCAAACAGUGUGGUCAGGUGAUUUUUCACAAAACUACCAUAUUCUACACAACCUUCCAAUAAUAAAAUAUGAAGAAAUUCCUACUUCUGCUACUAACACUACUCUUAAAAUGCAAAAUAUAACAUCAUCGCUCAUAAAUUACAAAACAUUACAUACUUUAACAACUUAUAAUCCUUGUUUAACUGCACUGGAUAAUAUGUUGAAACAACAAAUAAAUCUUACAAGAGAAUUUUUAAGAACACAAAGAAAUUUACAUGAAACAAUUAGUAAAGCAAUAAGUCAAUGUGUUAUUACAAACAAUUAUAAUUAAAGAGAAAGAUUUAUGCAGUAUUUUUUGGAUAUUGGACUUAAUGGUUGCGGUUUCACACUAUGUAAUUACUGAAAAUCAGGAAUGUGCUAAUAAUCCUUUGAAAGGACUUCGUACCUCCACUUUUAAACAAAUACAAAACAGUAUCAGCUAAUUUCAAAACUACUUUCUUUUCGUAGUUAUGUGUUUUGUUGUGUGAUUAACACUUAGAAUGAUUGUUCUGUUUAUUAUUUACCGAAGUUUUUAGAUUUUCAACUCUCAAUCUUUAUGUUAACUACUUUAUUUUUGAAAUGUACUGUUCUUUUAUUGAUCAUAACUGUCAUCGGCAAUGUAA